GCCCAGCGCCCUCCGCCGCGGCCCCGCGGGGGAAGGGAGAGGUAUCGGGAGGGGGCGGGAAUUCCCGACUCGAGGCCGGAACGGGGCGCGGAGGAUGUAGUUGUAGGCUCUCGAGGUCCGAAAGUCACCGGGAGCUGCCACAGCCACCAUGGGGCCCUGGAAGGAACCAGAGCUCCUGGUGUGGCGCCCAGAGGCAGUAGCUUCGGAGCCUCCCCUGCCAGUGGGGCUGGAUGUGAAGUUGGGCGCCCUGGUGCUGCUGCUGGGGCUGACCCUUCUCUGCAGCCUGGUGCCCGUUUGUGUACUGCGGAGGCCCGGAGCUGGCCACGAAGCCUCUGCUUCCCGCCAGAAGGUCCUAAGCCUAGUUAGCUGCUUCGCUGGAGGAGUCUUUCUGGCUACUUGUCUCCUGGACUUGCUGCCUGACUACUUGGCUGCCAUCGACGAGGCCCUGGCAGCCCUGCAUGUGACGCUCCAGUUUCCCCUUCAAGAGUUCAUCCUGGCCAUGGGUUUCUUCCUGGUCCUGGUGAUGGAGCAGAUCACGCUGGCUUACAAGGAGCAGUCAGGGCCACCACGUCGUGAGGAGACGAGGGCUCUGCUGGGAACAGUGAAUGGCGGGCCUCAGCACUGGCAUGACGGACCGGGAGUCCCCCUGGCAAGCGGAGCUGCCGCUCCCUCAGCCCUGCGUGCCUGCGUACUGGUCUUCUCUCUGGCCCUGCAUUCGGUGUUCGAGGGCCUGGCUGUGGGGUUGCAGCGGGACUGGGCUCGGGCCAUGGAGCUGUGUCUGGCUCUGUUGCUCCACAAGGGCAUCCUGGCGGUCAGCUUGUCCUUGCGGCUGCUGCAGAGCCACCUCCGGGUGCAGGUGGUGGUUGGCUGUGGGAUCCUCUUCUCAUGCAUGACACCUCUGGGCAUUGGGUUGGGUGCUGCUCUGGCAGAAUCAGCUGGGCCUCUGCACCAGCUGGCCCAGUCUGUGCUGGAAGGCAUGGCAGCUGGCACCUUCCUGUAUAUCACCUUCCUGGAAAUCCUGCCCCAGGAGUUGGCCUCUUCUGAGCAGAGGAUCCUCAAGGUCAUUCUGCUCCUCGCAGGCUUUGCCCUGCUCACUGGCCUGCUCUUUGUCCAAAUCUAAGAGGCUUCAAGAGAAGGACAGGGGGAGGGCAUGUUGACUGUCAGGUGCCCCUGUCUUCCCUCCCUCCACUGCAUCUCCCUCCCUCCCUGUCCAUUGUGUGGGGAAGGAAAGGAGGGUGGUAAGACCAAAGAGUUCCUCUGGGAAGUAGAAAGAAAUAGGAUGGAACCUUUGGGUCUGUGACUGAUGAGAGGGAAGACUGGUGCAGGAAAGAGACUGGCCCAAGGAACAAGCUGGACAAGUCACUAGAAACAUGAUCAGGGGACAUUAGGAGUGGGGCAGACUGCUAGAAUCAGAGGUCAUACAUGGCACUUAGGGACAACUGACAUAAGAGGCUGGAGGGAGGUAGCCAGCUGCUUGGGGAUAAAGGUACGGAGAGGCCAUUGGGCACCGGCUAAGUCAGCAUCCUACUCUGUCGGUUCUAGCUUGUUUCAGCAGCCUGCCUCUUUUCUUGCCUCCUUUCAUAUCUCUUUCCUCUUCUCCAAGGGGACUAGUGCCAGAGCUCGUUCUCUUCCAGUUUUCAUAUCUUCUCUGACCUCCCUUGCCCUGCUCACUCUAUUUAAAGUGCCAAACUCCCCCCUCCCCCCCACACCUUUUCUUAAAGCACAGUGAUGUGGCACUGAGCCUUGCCUAGCAUCUCAGUGGAGACCUACAGAUUUACUAGUUUAUUAUUUUGGUACCAUAAUCUGGGGUGGGAAAGAAAUGUUAGCUGAACUGGACUUGGGUAAGCAGAGAGUGGUGGCCACCUACUGCCUCCUUACCCUACAUACAGAAAGUGUACUUGGUGCCCCAUGCCUAGAUAAACAUUGAGCUGCCAAAACUUUUUAUACCUGAGGAGCCCAAGGGAGAAGGGAAAUGCCCACCCUCAGGGUUAUUUUUAGGGAGGGAGGGAAGGGAGGGCUGUGAAUAGGGCCAUAGCCUCCAGAAUCUAUUUUACUAACUUGUUUUGAGAUAUGUUAGCCAAAUAAAAGAUGUUUCUAUACA